CGUCGAAAACAAAAUCCGUGCACACACGCCAACACGAAUGGGAUGGGCGAGGAGCCUGAUGGCUCACGUUGCGCAGUGACCCGGGCCCGUCAGCUCAUGGCGACCAGUAAACGGCUGUUAGAGUAUGCGCAGAAGUGUCUCUCUGACCAAGACAAGGGCGUGGCGUUUUGGCAACUCCUCGGUCUGCAGUGUCCAGCGGUGGAUGAGUUGACCGCUCUAGUGAAGGCGCUGAGUCCACCUCAAUGCCCCGACCCCAUCCGUCACCUGUGUCUCGUGCACAAACACGUUCAGGCGCAAUCCACGCUCGGUCGCCUGAUCUGUGACUUGUGUAGGCGUCGUUGUGCCCAGCUGCGUGACUACAAGGCUCGUGUGAUUGUGCUCAGGAGGUUGGGUUACCUGAAGUGGAGGACCGAGGGACCUGCGCAGCUAACACGUAAAGGCUUAGCAGCUUGUGAAAUUGACCAAAAAGAAGUGCUGUUGUGCGAGGCACUCUGCCAUGGAUUGCUAAAUCACCGAACACCCGCCGAAGCAGCCGCCCUGCUCUCCUGCUUCGUUUGGGACAGCCAAUGUGAAAGGAGCAGGCCAUUUGUUCCUGCUCGGUUGCAGUCGGCCGUAGCGCAGUUGCUGGACCUGGCGAGUGAGCUGAAAUAUUCCUCGGCAUGGACAGGCGUAGAUAAUGGUGACAUCGACUUCCAUGUGAAUCCAGGGCUUGUAGAAGCCACUUAUGCCUGGGCACGUAGUGAAGCGUUGUCAGUAGUGGCAGGAAAAUCUGGUGCCGACGAAGGCCAUCUGCUGAGAGCCUUCAAACGCCUAGGUGAGGUCCUGCAACAGGCUCGAAAGGCAUGUCGUCACCUUGGUUAUCAGGCCCUUGAGACACUGAUGCUUGAUGCUCAUGUGGCUAUAAACCGAGGUGCGUUGACCAUGUCUUCACUAUACAUCUCAGACGACAUGUAG